CCUAAUAGGACAUCGUAUUAAUUCAAAACGACGCCAUCACUGAGUAGGGAGUCCUCGUGCUUAUCCAUAAAAAGAAGGGAAAUAAAAAUAUCUAACAAAAACUGCCACGUCAGCAGAUAGCGAGAGAAAGAUCACCGGCAAAAAACACAGUGAUUCUAUGGCGGUGGUUCACUCUCUUCCAAACUCGUCGUCUCUCUCAUGAAAAUGGCGUCGCUUAAUCUGCGAUGCGACUCGACGCAUCUUCUUCCUUGCCGUGAUGUUAAGAGAAGUAUACCAUUAAGAAAGACUUGGAUGUGUCCUAGGAUCAUAUCAAAGAGGUUCAAUGUGAGAAUGGGAGUGAUGUCUGAGGAAGGAGAUGUCUUCUCUUCCUCUAAGACUAAGAGUAAUGGAUCAAUGGGGAUUGAGACGCAGCCAGAUUUGGUUUCGUUUGGAACAUUAGCAGCAGAAAUGAUUCCCACAACAAUGGUUUCAUCUGAAGUUGAGGAUGAAGAGUUUGAUCUAGAUCGGCCUAUUGAUGGAUUUGCCUCUAUUCCACAAGCUAUAGAGGAUAUUCGACAGGGAAAGUUGGUAAUUGUUGUAGAUGAUGAAGACAGAGAAAACGAAGGAGAUUUGAUAAUGGCGGCAUCGUUGGUAACACCUGAAGCUAUGGCUUUUGUGGUGAAGCAUGGGACUGGAAUCGUGUGUGUGAGCAUGAAAGGCGAAGACUUGGAGAGGUUGGAGCUUCCAUUAAUGGUUACGCGAAAGGAGAACGAGGAAAAACUCCGCACGGCCUUCACGGUUUCUGUGGACGCGAAAAGAGGAACAUCGACAGGUGUCUCAGCUCGUGAUAGGGCACAAACAAUAUUAUCCCUUGCAUCUAAAGAUUCAAAGCCUCAAGAUUUCAAUCGUCCUGGUCAUAUCUUUCCUUUGAGAUACAGAGAAGGUGGUGUUCUUAAAAGAGCAGGGCAUACAGAAGCCUCUGUUGAUCUAACUGUGUUAGCCGGUUUAGAACCAGUAUCGGUUUUAUGUGAGAUUGUAGAUGAUGAUGGCUCCAUGGCUAGACUACCAAGACUCCGCCAAUUUGCUCAAGAGAACAACCUGAAAAUAAUUUCAAUCGCUGAUUUAAUCAGAUACCGAAGGAAAAGAGAGAGACUGGUAGAGUUUACUGCGGUUGCGUCUAUACCGACAAUGUGGGGACCAUUCAAAGCUUAUUGCUUCAAGUCAUUACUUGAUGGAGUUGAGCACAUUGCAAUGGUCAAAGGAGACAUUGGUGAUGGGAAGGAUAUUCUGGUGAGAGUACACGCGGAGUGUAUCACGGAUGAUAUAUUCGGAAAUGGCUCUGGUGGAAAACAAUUAGCGAUUGCUAUGAGACAGAUUGAAGAAACUGGGAGAGGUGUUUUUGUCUACUUACGUGGUCCUGAAGCCAACGGCAUUGACCUAACUCACAAGCCUCGUACUUAUGACAGCAAUUCAGAUCACACCGAAGGGGUUUCAUUUCCUGUUGCUUCAAGAGAAUACGGCAUUGGAGCACAAAUUCUGAGGGAUCUUGGAGUUAGAACAAUGAAGGUGAUGACGAAUAAUCCGGCAAAUUACGUUGGUCUUAAAGGCUAUGGUUUAUCAAUCUCUGGUAAGGUUCCACUCGUUAAUCCCUAACUCUUAGGUGUUUAAUGCGCGCGGGAAAAAUGGAGCCGUUAUUUUAUUCUGUUAAGAUAGAACACGUGUCAGCUUAGUUAUGGUUUUGGCGACUAAACUGUGUCAUCCGAUUUUGUACUGUAAUUUUUUUCCUCCAUAAUUAUCAUCAAUGUAGCUUGAAGAAUAUUUUUUCCAGAAUCCCUUUUUUUU